AUGCCAGAAGAAAUGAAAGUGAACAGUUUCCUGAUUAAUCUUCCCUUCAACCUCGAUAAGAAAAUCACUGUGUAUAGAAAGGGCUGGGCCACAGUGAUCCAGACAGACUUUGGUCUCACCGUUACCUAUGCCAGGUGGUCAGGACGCAGCACGGUGACUCUGCCAGUUGCCUAUGCGGGAGCCGUGUGUGGUCUGUGUGGCAAUUUUAACAUGGACAGGAAGGAUGACAUGCUUAUGAGGGAUGGCACGCUGGCACCAAACCCCAUCAGCUUUGGCCAGAGCUGGAAGGUGGGAGACCUCCCAGGAUGCUCUUCAGUAAUGAUACCACCUUGCGCAACUCUAGAAGCUAUUGAAAAAGAACAACGAGGUAGCAGAGUGCAGUGUGGGCUCAUCCUAUACAAGAAUGGCCCUUUCAGAGAAUGUCACAGCAAAGUGGACCCCAAUGGAUACUUCCUAGACUGCGUGUACGGCUAUUGCUUCCUCAGUGGGCGGGAGAGUAACGUCUGCCAGGCUGUUGCUGGCUAUGCCGAGGCAUGUCAGGAAGCUGGAGCUAUGGUGCGUCCCUGGAGGACUACGCAAUUCUGCUAUCUGUCCUGUCCCCUGAACAGUCACUAUGAAUUAUGCAGCAGCAGCUGCGAUCUGACAUGCAGCAACCUCUAUGCCCCGGUGCAAUGCACAACCCAGUGUAAGGAAGGCUGCAUGUGUGAUGAGGGCUUUGUUCUCAGUGGUGACCUCUGCGUCCCCAUUUCCCAGUGCGGAUGCCUCCACAGAGGACUUUACUACCAGCCCGGGGAGACCUUCCACCCGAGCGGUUCAUGCGAGGAGCAGUGCAUGUGUCAGGCCGGUGGGGAGGUCGUGUGUAAGGCUUUCUCCUGCGGUGCUGGUGAGCAAUGCAGGUUGGUGGACGGUGUCCAGAAAUGUCACCCAUUUGGAUCUGCGACCUGUUCUGCCUCUGGCCAUCCCCACUACCUCUCUUUCGACGGGGUCCCCUUUGACUUCCAAGGCACCUGCACCUACAUCCUGGCCAAGACCUGCACCGAUGCCAGUGACCUUAUACCAUUCACUAUCAGCGUAGAGAAAGAAGAUUGGGGCACCAGGAACGUGUCCGUGGCCAAGCUGGUGUCCAUUCAGGUGUAUGGGAUCACUCUCACCCUGCUGCAGAACAAACAGGGGCUCAUCAUGGGAGCGGAUGAGAGGUGUGAUGUGUUCACAGUGGACAGUGCUUCUGAGGAGAUAAACUCCAGCAUUCUGCACCAGCUGGAGUAA